AUGACCACGCUCACGCGGUCGCUCGAGAAAUUGCCCACCGAGCUGCCCGGCAUGGCGGGGCCGAGAGUCCAGAUCAAGUCCCUCGAGGACAAUGUGACAGGCAUGGCCAUACUAGACGUCGGACUAAUGACAGGAUUUAAGCCCAUAACAGCCGACUUGGAUAAGCUUGUCGUCAACAGAACCGUGGAUCACUAUGAGCUGAGCCAAAGGAGCGUGGUGCUUUACCUCCAAACCAUUCCGGCAGACAGAGACGUGUGCGUCGAGUUCGACCUGAACCAAGAAUUUGCCGUGGGCAAGCUGCAGUCAAGCUCCGUCAAAGCCUACGCGUACUACAAUCCUGAUAUAUCGUGCACCAAGUUCUAUGCACCGAACAGCACUAGCCCUUUGCUGAAGAUGAAGUGCGACGAUCCGGGACAGUCGGAUGUUUGCACGUGCUUGGAGGAGUCGCUUCUAAACAAGCUAAAGGGCACCUAG